UAAUCUGACAUGAGGAAAUCGGUGCUUCGGAAGCGCAUGUGGCUCCAACACGGACGGGAUAUUGCCACUUUACCGGGCGGCUGUCGAGCGUUCCUGCAUCACUCUAACGUUGCAGUAAUUUCAACUGGACAUUUACAUAUCCUUGCUGAAGUCCUGGCAGUCCGUUAAGCUUCGAGCAGACCCAGAGCAGUUACAUGAGAAUGGGAAUUAAUCUCUUAUACCGCAAAUUGACUUCCCUCUUUCUAGCCCUAGACACUGUUUCCAGCUGCUUUCAGUCUUUUAAAUCCUUGAAAGCUUUCCUAAUCCUCGUGUAGGCAGCAGCCUUUAUGUGCUCUGCCUCCCUCCCCUUCCUUCUGAUUGGCGAGGCUAUUCCAUGGCCCAGCUCAGCCAACUACUCCAUCCCUGGGCUACGGUUUGAAAUCAGAGCCAGGCGGACAGUUGCCUCCCCGCUCCCGACUUUUCAUAGGCUGGGGAAAGAAGGUUGGGAAACUUGACAUUGUCGUAAGACUCCCCCCAGCAAAGAAUAAAAAGGGGGAAAAAAUAAUACACAGGGAAGAGGAGGGAGGAAAACUUGAUUACGGUGGGAAACUUGAUGGAUUUCUGCCCUGCCGACAGCAGCGCGGUGUGAGCAGCCCCUUGCCGGCUGGAUGGAUGAUGGGAAUCUCACCAUGAGGCAGAUAGCUGAUCAGCUUCCCUGGAUUUCGCUGACGCCACAGGAAAGCUUUGCCUGAAGAUGGAAACACUGGAGUCAGAACUGACCUGCCCUAUCUGUCUGGAGCUGUUUGAAGACCCGCUGCUGCUGCCUUGCGCUCACAGCCUCUGCUUCAACUGCGCACACCGCAUCCUGGUCUCCCACUGCGCCACCAACGAGCCAGUGGAGUCUAUCACCGCCUUCCAGUGCCCGACCUGCCGCUAUGUCAUCACCCUCAGCCAGCGCGGUCUAGACGGGCUCAAGCGUAACGUCACCCUGCAGAACAUCAUCGACAGGUUUCAGAAAGCCUCGGUCAGCGGGCCCAACUCCCCCAGCGAGACCCGCCGGGAGCGGGCAUUUGAUAACAACAGCAUGUCGUCCUGCGAGAAGGUCCUCUGCCAGUUCUGCGACCAAGACCCUGCCCAGGAGGCAGUGAAAACCUGUGUUACCUGCGAGGUGUCCUACUGCGAGGAGUGCCUGAAAGCCACUCACCCCAAUAAGAAGCCGUUCACUGGCCACCGUCUCAUUGAACCCAUUCCGGACUCCCACAUCAGGGGAUUAAUGUGCUUGGAGCAUGAGGAUGAGAAAGUUAACAUGUACUGCGUGACUGAUGACCAGUUAAUUUGUGCCUUGUGUAAACUGGUCGGGCGACACCGUGACCAUCAGGUGGCAGCUUUAAGUGACCGUUAUGACAAGCUAAAGGAACUAACCCCACCCUGGAGUCCAGAACUUGCUGAGAAUUCAGAAGCUGUGGCAGUAUCUCUCUGUAGUGACAUGAUAGGCCAGCAAAAUUUGGAGAGUAACCUCACCAACCUUAUUAAGAGGAAUACAGAGCUGGAAACUCUUCUGGCAAAACUCAUUCAGACCUGUCAGCAUGUAGAAGUAAAUGCAUCCCGCCAAGAAACCAAACUGAUGGAAGAAUGUGACCAGCUCAUUGAAAUUAUCCAGCAAAGAAGACAAAUAAUUGGAACCAAGAUCAAAGAAGGAAAGGUGGUGAGGUUGAGAAAACUGGCUCAGCAGAUUGCGAACUGCAAACAGUGCAUUGAGCGCUCGACAUCCCUCAUCUCUCAGGCUGAGCAGUCGCUGAAGGAGAAUGAUCACGCUCGUUUCCUGCAGACAGCUAAAAAUAUCACUGAAAGGGUUUCCAUGGCAACUGCAUCCUCCCAGGUUCUAAUUCCUGAAAUUAAUCUCAAUGAUACUUUUGAUACUUUCGCACUUGAUUUUACCAGGGAGAAGAAGUUGUUGGAAUGCCUUGAUUAUCUUACAGCUCCCAACCCACCCACCAUUCGAGAAGAGCUCUGUACAGCUUCAUAUGACACCAUUACUGUCCACUGGACAUCGGAUGAUGAGUUCAGCGUGGUCUCUUACGAGCUGCAGUACACCAUCUUCACUGGACAAGCUAAUGUUGUUAGUUUAUGCAACUCAGCCGACAGCUGGAUGAUUGUUCCUAAUAUCAAACAAAACCACUACACGGUGCACGGGUUACAGAGUGGCACUAAGUACAUCUUCAUUGUUAAGGCCAUUAAUCAGGCAGGGAGCAGGAGCAGCGAGCCUGGCAAACUCAAGACAAACAGUCAGCCAUUUAAACUGGACCCCAAAUCUGCUCAUAGAAAAUUGAAAGUGUCUCAUGAUAACUUGACGGUGGAACGCGAUGAAACAUCCUCCAAAAAGAGUCACACACCAGAGCGAUUCACAAGCCAAGGGAGCUAUGGAGUAGCUGGCAACGUGUUCAUCGACAGCGGGCGGCAUUACUGGGAAGUGGUUAUAAGCGGGAGUACGUGGUAUGCUAUUGGUAUUUCGUACAAGUCAGCACCGAAGCACGAGUGGAUCGGAAAGAAUUCUGCCUCCUGGGUGCUUUGCCGCUGCAAUAACACGUGGGUGGUGCGGCACAACAGCAAAGAAAUCCCCAUCGAGCCUGCCCCUCACCUCCGGCGGGUCGGGAUUUUGCUGGACUAUGACAACGGCUCCCUUGCUUUUUACGAUGCUUUGAACUCCUUACACCUUUACACUUUUGACAUUACUUUUGGGCAGCCAGUGUGCCCCACGUUCACAGUGUGGAACAAGUGUUUGACCAUUAUAACUGGCUUGCCUAUCCCUGACCACCUGGACUCCUCGGAGCAGCUCGCAUGACUGCUAAAAGCCAAAAGGUAGGACAACAAAUCCUCCCAGGGUGGCCAGGCAGCUGCCUGCAGGAGCUUACCCGGAGCUGGUGGACCUAUGUGGCAUCCUGGCCAUCGCUGCCAAAUUUGGCCAAAACUGAAAAGGAGAUAAUAUCUCUUUCUGUGUACUCUGUAAGGAAGAACAAAAGGUGGCUUUAAAAAUAUCUUGGAACUUUCUUUUGCAGUUGGUUUUGUUUGGUUGGUUUUGUAUUUAGUCUCUUACUGGAAGAUUUAUAAAUUAUUUAUAAAAAUAAAAAAAAAAAAAAAAAAGAAGUGAAAGCCUGGUUUGGACACCUGGAAAAUUACUUUUUUUUUUCCUGCACAUUGAUGGCCCUAUUAAUUAAAGUUUCAUCAGCCUUUUGAAUAAUUUUAUUUUACAGUGGAUAAAAGCAGGAAAUCGGAAGGAUGAAAACUGCGCAGUGGACAAAGUAUACUGCAGGUUCUACUCGUACCAACAUUAGUGGUCUCAUUGCCAGCCUUAUUAAGUGUGAGAUCUCCCAAUUUCUACUUUGCACAUGGAAGUGUGCAGACCAAAAGAACAGAAAUAAAAAAGAGAGCCAGCCAACACAGCAAAAGAAUAAAGUUUAAUUUACUUCUGUUCACAGGGCAGUGCUCUCUCAGUUCAUAAAAAACAUGUGGAAUAUCUCCUAGAAAUGUGAGUGGAUAAAUCAUCUGGUGAUUUAUUUUAUUGAUGGCAACAUUCCCAUCUACCAGUGCUUCGCUUUCGUCUUUGGGAAAUAUUAUAGAAUCACUGAGGAUGUGGAAGACUGAUACCAUCUCUGAGAAUCAGCAACACUGGAGGGGAGCAGCCAAUCCAAGGUCUGACUGUAGACUAAUUUGAUAAAGCACGGCAUCAUUUAAGGAUUGAUUGUAAUAGAAAAUGUCACGGUUCUGAUGGUAGACAUGUGAAUGCUUAUUGCUGAUUUUACAAGGUUCAACAUAGCAAACCCAGCCAACAACUCGGAAGUGAGACUUGCACCACUUUACCAUUGAUUUUAAAUUAAAUACAAAUGUUUCACUGUCAUACACUGUAUAGUGUCUAUAACAAAGCAAGGAAGUCUGUUUUACAUGUGCUGUAUGGAGAAACAAUGCAACUGGAGUGUGCUCAUAGUUAUUGUCCUGGGUUGUUUGGGAAAGCACAAUUCUCUUUGUGAAUGAGGAGUAAAGAGCAAGCUUUCAGCAGCAGUAGGAAUCUGCAUGGGCAGACCUGACAUUCAUCCUAGUGUUGGUAGAUGAGCUUCAGUGAAGGCAGUAGAGGUUGUAUGUACUUUAUCUCAAAGCUGAAUCAGGUACAUUUUUUCCUGUUUCCCUUCUACAGAAUAGAAAUCCUUUGUAAUUACUGCAAUGCUUAUAAAUAUUCAUUUUGGGAGAUGCUUGAGGCAUAUGACAACUUUAAAAGAAUGGUUUUCCUGUAGUGUUUUGUUGUUACUAUGCAAGUGGUUCGAAUCUGCCUGUGUAGAGAAAGGAUAAAUGUAAUAUCAGCUUUAAGAAAAGAUUUGCUCGGUAAUUUAUAACCAUGCUUUUGGUGUCUUUUGGAAAAGAUGCCUUAAUGCACUUUGUUCACUAAUGGGUCCAAAAUAAAAUGGUCCCAAGCUCAGCUUCAGAUUUUUAAAAUACUGAUUCUCCCAGUAAAAGACUAUAUUACAGUUUGCCUUCUGAUGAUAUAAAAAAAUUUAUGAGCAGGAUGAGGAAUAUGUACAUGCCUAUCUGGUUUUUUCCUUUUUUUUAGUAGAAAAUAAAUGCCUGUCCAUGUUCCUUUGAUUUCCCUUUAUGUGUCAUGAUAACUGCUGAAUUAAAUACAGAAAAAUCUGGCAGUACAUUGCUGGUACCAGGGCUUUCAGCUGGGCAGCAUCCCAUUGUUCAUAGGCAGGAGCCACUGAUGUUUCCAGAGUAGACAUAAAUAAGACAUUGUGAACUGCAGCAUUUAUCAUACUGUCUUUAAUAAUCAAGAAAUGUGUACCCAAAAAUUAAAAAGUUAAUAAGUCCCCAAACAUUACAUUUUACAAUUGAAUACAAUGUUACUGAUAGAAUCUGAUAUACACUGCCCAGAGGAUCUGACCUGGGAUGUUUGGGAGGUAGCUGAGAUGGCAUGAAAAUUUUUAUAAAAUGAGUUGACAGGAGAUGACUGAUGCAAAGCAGUGAUAAAAAUAUACAUGAAGAAAGGAGUUUUAAUCUAGGCUUAUUGCCAAGUUUCUGCCUGAAAGGAAAAGGCAUACUAGCAAAUUACAUGUAGCAAGACUAUGUAUCUUCUCUUUUGCCACAAACAUUAAAUCUAGAAGCUGAUUUCAGAGGUGGAUAAACUGAAAACACUCUUCAGUGUUUAUCUAUACAAUGUUCGCAGAGAUUGAGCUGGACGGAAGCAAUACCAUGAAUUUGGAGAGGUCCUAAAUGAUCUCACGUAUUUUCAUUGUAAAGACAGGCCAUGAUUCUAAAGACAGAUCAGGGUUUUGGCCAAUGGAGGAAGAAUGGUCUACAGACCUUGCUGAAUCAUUUUUAUUUUAACACAGAACAUUUCAUUUGGAGCUAAGCCACAUUUCUCCCAUGGCCUAUUAACUCAGUCAGUACUUUUUGUGCAUAUAUGUUUGUGUAUGUAUUUACACAUAUGUAUGGGUAAACACACCAGUAUAUGCACAAAUAUGGUGUAUAUGCAUACAUACGUAUAUACACAGACAAAGCAACAGCAAUUAGUCAGGUAUUCCUUUUUUGCUUGUUUCUUGAACAAUUUCAUAUUCUGUACGAUGAUGAGGAAACAAGUUUGCUAUGAAUGGUGUUCUUCUGGACAUUUUUUAACAAACAAAAUCUGUUUAUUUUGCAAUACUUGAUUCAAUGCCUGAUUAAUCAAUAAAAACAUUAAUUUGAAAAUGUA